AUGGAUGACCAUGUCACAAUCAGGAGGAAACAUCUCCAAAGACCCAUCUUUAGACUAAGAUGCUUAGUGAAGCAGCUGGAAAAAGGUGACGUUAAUGUCGUCGACUUAAAGAAGAAUAUUGAAUAUGCAGCAUCUGUGUUGGAAGCAGUUUAUAUUGAUGAAACAAGGAGACUGCUGGAUACUGAUGAUGAGCUCAGUGACAUUCAGUCGGAUUCUGUCCCAUCAGAAGUCCGGGACUGGCUGGCUUCUACCUUUACACGGAAAAUGGGGAUGAUGAAAAAGAAAUCUGAGGAAAAACCAAGAUUUCGGAGCAUUGUGCAUGUUGUUCAAGCUGGAAUUUUUGUGGAAAGAAUGUACAGAAAGUCCUAUCACAUGGUUGGCUUGGCAUAUCCAGAACCUGUCAUAGUAACAUUAAAGGAUGUUGAUAAAUGGUCUUUUGAUGUAUUUGCCUUGAAUGAAGCAAGUGGAGAACAUAGUCUGAAGUUUAUGAUUUAUGAACUAUUCACCAGAUAUGAUCUUAUCAACCGUUUCAAGAUUCCUGUUUCUUGCCUAAUUGCCUUUGCAGAAGCUCUAGAAGUUGGUUACAGCAAGUACAAAAAUCCAUACCACAAUUUGAUUCAUGCAGCUGAUGUCACUCAAACUGUGCAUUACAUAAUGCUUCAUACAGGUAUCAUGCACUGGCUGACUGAACUGGAAAUUUUAGCAAUGGUCUUUGCCGCUGCCAUUCAUGACUAUGAACAUACAGGGACUACAAACAAUUUUCAUAUUCAGACAAGGUCAGAUGUUGCCAUUUUGUAUAACGAUCGCUCUGUCCUUGAAAAUCAUCAUGUGAGUGCAGCUUAUCGACUUAUGCAAGAAGAAGAAAUGAAUGUCCUGAUAAAUUUAUCCAAAGAUGACUGGAGGGAUCUUCGGAACCUAGUGAUUGAAAUGGUCUUGUCUACAGACAUGUCGGGUCACUUCCAGCAAAUUAAAAAUAUAAGAAAUAGUUUGCAGCAACCUGAAGGGCUUGACAAAGCCAAAACCAUGUCCCUGAUUCUCCAUGCAGCAGACAUCAGUCACCCAGCCAAAUCCUGGAAGCUGCACCACCGAUGGACCAUGGCCCUAAUGGAGGAGUUUUUCCUACAGGGAGAUAAAGAAGCUGAAUUAGGGCUUCCAUUUUCCCCGCUUUGCGAUCGGAAGUCAACGAUGGUGGCCCAGUCCCAAAUAGGUUUCAUUGAUUUCAUAGUAGAACCAACAUUUUCUCUUCUGACAGACUCAACAGAGAAAAUUAUUAUUCCUCUUAUAGAGGAAGACUCGAAAACCAAAACUCCUUCCUAUGGAGCAAGCAGCUCAAUAACCUAUAUGUUAUCUCACGUUGCUGAUUCCUUUAGAAGAUCGAAUAUGAAAGGCACCACGAAUGAUGGAACCUACUCCCCCGACUACUCCCUUGCCAGUGUGGACCUGAAAAGCUUCAAAAACAACCUGGUGGACAUCAUCCAGCAGAACAAAGAGAGGUGGAAAGAGUUAGCUGCUCAAGGUGAACCUGACCCGCAUAAGAACUCAGAUCUAGUAAAUGCCGAAGAAAAACAUGCUGAGACACAUUCAUAG